AGACCCAAGCCGGGAGAGAGAAAAACUCUGUUACUCACUCAGUCUCCAAGUUUGAGAGGAAGUUACCACCUCUUCCCCAGACUCUGAACACGCACUGCUGGCGGAGGCACACACAUACACUCACACACAAGUUGUUCAGGACAGCAGAAAGCGUGAAACAGCCAGGACUGCUUGUAAAUGUGUUUGUGGAGGGAAAGAAGAUUUGCACUUGAUCUGAAGAUCUCGGAGUGGACUGAACAACUUCUUCUGGGACGUUUUCCUCUCAUCACCUACCAGGUGGCCAAAUGAACUGUUUAGCCUGAAGACCAAAGAUCAUAGGCCCUGAUUCAACAGCAAGGGAGAGAGUGAAAGGACCGAGACCACUGCAGCCUCGCUUUACAUUAUGAGUCGCAACUGAGGAAUUUCUUUAGGUUUCCAUUUUGUGGUUUGAAAAACUGAAAACAAAAAAAAUGGACGUUAAGAAAAAAGAAAUGGAUCUCCUUAGCAACAGCAUUGCAGCUUUUGCACACAUCAAAGCCAAUCCGGAGAGCUUUGGGCUUUACUUUGUCCUGGGAGUGUGUUUCGGCCUGGUGUUGACCCUCUGCCUCUUGGUGAUCCGCAUAUCCUGUAAGCCACGGACCAAGAUCGCGGCCCCCACGCCUGAAAAGAACCCCUUAAGAGACAUCAGCGUGGAAGAUGAGGAAAGCGAUGAUGAUGAGGAUGAGGAAGGGGAAGAAGGAGAGGCCUCUGUUCCAUUGCCCAUCACAGAAAUCCCUGUUGGGAAUCAUACCAGCCAGUCAGAUGGCACUCUGAGUGUGAACGUUUUUACUUCAGCUGAGGAGCUGGAGCGCGCACAGAGGCUGGAAGAGAGAGAACGGAUCAUCCGGGAGAUCUGGAGGAAUGGCCAGCCUGAUAUCCUGGGAACGGGAACAGGGACUAUUGGAAGAGUGCACUACUACUAAUGAACAGAACGCUUCCAGGAAAUCUGAGUUUGUAACAGACUGGACAUAAAAACAUUUGGGCCUGGUGUCCCUUCAACUUGAGAGCUUCUUUUUUGAUCCAAAGUGACUUGUGGGACAUAAGAAUAUCAGUGCCAAAUUUGAGAUAUUUUGUUUUGGCAAAGCUGAACUUUGAGAUAUUGCACUUCUUAUGUAGCACUAUGCAUUACUGUCAACUGACUAUGCGUAUUUCAACUUAAAGGUGUCUUAGUGGCCUCUUUGGAAAUCAAGUGGAAUUGAUGGAGGAACGGAAGGAUUCGUGGAGGUUUCAGUCUGUAAAUAUAUAAGAGGGAAUAUAGAUAUUGAACAUGCGAAUGUUUUCUCUCAGUUCAUAUUCCUAAAUAUUCCUAAAUUCACACCAGAUGUCAGGAACACAAGUAAUCCCAAAAUAAAAUGAAAUUCAAAUGAAUUAGUUCAUAAAUUCCUCUUUCACAUACUCUGAUACUCUGUUUUUCAAUAAAUUUUCAAUGGAUUUUAAUUGGGUCAAAGUCUGGUGAUUUAAGUUUUUCAAGUGAUGUGAAGUUCCACUUUUCCAAACAUGCUUGGACAAUCAAAGUCAUGUUUUGGUCUCAUGUAACCAGAUUCUUUUAUCCCAAGGUUUCUAUAUGUUUUACAGAUGAUCCACAAAAUAUUUCAAAUGAGCUUCAGCAUUUUUAUUUCAAUAAUGGAGCCUAGUGCACCAUUAGUGGUGAAAGUCAUGACUGUUGGGUGCGUUACUUGUAGGUUUCAUGUGACAUUUGUACUUGCUAAUUGCUCUGUUAGUGGUCCUUUGCUCUUUUAAAACUCUCCUGAGUAUUUCAGCGACAACUCUGGGCAUUAACCUUCCAAGGACCACUUGGUCAUGUAUGGCUUAUACUGAAAUUAUGUUCCUUCCACUUUGGGAUUAUUCUCCAAAGAGUCCACUGUGGAACAUUAAAAAAAGUAUAAAUAUAUCUGUAACCAAUAGUAUCAGUUUGUUUUGCAACAGUUGGAUUAGAAAAGUCUUGAGAGAGCUCUUUGUCCUUAUCCAUCAUGACAUCCUUGGUAAUGAGAAACCUUUUUUUAAUCGACUACACCAGCAGGACAUUAACAGGCACUGUUAGAAAGCAUCGUUUUUUUUCUGUAUGCUUGCAAAUUUUACUGGUUUCUUGCUGCCUGUGGCUCUGUGCUGCUUUUUUUCUCCUUUUCAAGGUUAAUUUCUCAUUUCAUUCCAUUUUAUUACGCAAAACUUAAUUUGUGGGCUUAUUUGUUUGGCUUUCCUUUUGUAUAUGAAUUACUUGGGUGGCAAAUGACAUCUGGUGUCAAUUCAAUGGCAUGCUAAAAGGACCAUUAAAAACACUUACUGAGAAAAUUGUUAACAUGGUCAAUACUUAUUUUCCCACUGUAUUUGGUGCUUAAUGUUAAAACAGCAGGUUUGCAUAUAUUAAGGAAAACAAUGCAGCAAUAAAAAAAUCUAAAGUUUGUCUCUCCUAA